GAGGGUCCGCCGCCUCCGCGGCUGGGCAUCUUUCAGGCCGCAGCGACGACCGUGGGCUUCGGCCCCUUAGGAAGUCGUGCCCUGGAAGGGCGGCUGCCUGGAGCACUGCUGGAACCUAAAAUUCCGGAAAAUCCGGGGGAUGUGCGGCCGGAUAAGCCGGCGGAGACGCAUAGCGCGCGGAGGCCCCUUGACCAUGACCCUCUCUCUUUUGCACUAUUUUGCUCCAAAGAGUGGAAAUCAGAUGCCAUCCAAAGACUUCCUUCGUCGAAGUGACAGCAUCGCUCCGUGGCCUUCCCUUCCGACCAAGGAACACGUAGUUCGCAAGACGGCCACUAGAGCGCCAGCGGUUUCAGUUUCCGUGCGGAAACGCGAGUGCUCUCUCUGCUCUCUCCUUGCUCCCUUUCAUCUUUCGUUGCUGCUGGUUGUUGUCUGUUGUUAAUCCGUACGGGACAACAUUUAUGCUUUGCUGCAAAGACAUUCAAAGCUUCAUUGAAUUUGAAUUUUAUUCAUUUCAUAAAUUUCUCAUACUACGUGGGACUGCCGGGGCAGGUGGAGGGGAGACUAAACUGCAACUCCAAGUUGAAAGCUCUAUCCGAGUUGCGUUGAAGACUUCAUCUCAAAGCCAUGGAGCCAGUUUUGAAAGCUGCACGAGCCACUCCGAGGAUCGGAACACACGACGGUGUGUUCCACUGUGAUGAAGUGUUGGCAUGUUUUAUGUUAAAACUCCUUCCACAGUACAAAACUGCUGAAAUUGUGAGAACAAGAGACGACGCUGUAUUAGACAAGUGCGACGUCGUUGUUGAUGUGGGAGGAAAAUAUGAUCCCAGUAAUCAUCGAUAUGAUCAUCAUCAAAGAGAAUUUCAAGAAACUGCAUCGUCUCUCAUGCCUGGGAAACCAUGGAAUAUAAGGCUUAGCAGUGCUGGUCUUGUUUACUGCCACUUUGGACGUGAGGUUAUAAAACAAUUGGUUCCUGAUCUGAAGACUGACAAGGAUGUGGAACCUAUCUUUAACUAUGUUUAUGAGAGGUUUGUCCAGGAGAUUGAUGCCAUUGACAAUGGAGUGCCAAUGUUUGAAGGAGAACCAAGGUAUAGGAUAUCAUCCAAUUUGAGUUCUCGAGUUGGAUACCUGAAUCCUCCAUGGAAUGCACCACCAGAAGAUCCCAAAAGUAUGGACAGAUUCGAAAAGGCUACAAAAUUGGUAGGCAGUGAAUUUGUAGACCGUGUUACUUAUGCAAGUGGAGCGUGGUGGCCAGCUAGGAAGUAUGUUCUUGAUGCCAUCAAUUCUAGAUUCCAGAUUCAUCCAUCUGGUCAAAUUAUGGAACUAGAACAAUUUUGUCCAUGGAAAGAGCACUACUUUGAUCUAAUGAAGGAGCUGCAGUUGGACCCCAGCAGCAUUAACUUCAUGAUUUUCAAUGGAGGAGGAGACACUUGGCGUGUUCAAGGUGUUCCAGAGAGUGCCACAAGCUUUGUGGGAAAAUUAUUUUUACAUCCAGAGUGGAGAGGGCUGAGGGAUGCUGAGCUCAGCAAGUUGUCCGGCAUUGAUGGAUGUGUGUUUGCCCAUGCCUCUGGAUUCAUUGGUGGCAAUAAGACAAGAGACGGCGCCCUGCAAAUGGCUAUUAAGAGUUUAGACCAACCUCUGCCAAGUAAUGAAUAGAAAAAGUCAUGUUAAAAUGAAAGACCACUCAGCACUUCUGUUUUUUAAAUGCACCAAGUGAAUAAGGAUUACAUUGUUAAAUUGUUUUAAACACUAAUAAGUUCAUAAAUUCAAAAUUUUUAAUAAAUGAUAAGAUUAAUUCUGGAA